CACACACCUGUUGCUUGCCCGUUCUCCCCCCCCCCCUCAACUCAAUGCACCCGCAGCCAAAUACCCGGGGGAGUGGAGAGAGGAGGGGCGAGAGAGAGCAUCUCGACAAGCUCACGCCAGUGCCAGACGCCAAUGUUCUUUUCUUUUUUUCCCAAGUGAAACAAGUUCGAGGGGGGGAAAAGAGGGCCAAAGACUCGAAAGAGAACGAAACCCCCCAGACUAGCCUGUUCCAACCGCUUCCGGAGCGACAUUCCCACGUGUGCAAGGGGAGCCACCCUGGCGCUGACGGCUUGCCCUCCAGACCGAGACGACCUUCCAGGGUGUAGGCGUGGCGUGGCGUGGCGUGCUGGCGUGCCACCGAUUUCUGGCUCCUCGGAGCUACUCAAACUCAAGACCCCCCUCCCAGUACCCCCCAGCCGGUGUCAUCUCAGAUCAGACGGCCGGCUUUGUUUGUGUGGGUGUAUGUGUGUGUGUGUGUGUGAGAGAGAGAGAGAGAGAGAGAGAGAGUGUGUGUGUGCUGAGCCUCGAACACAUUUAUCAUUCCCCUGUUUCCUCCUCUCCCCCCACACCCGGGACCCCUCCACUCUUCUCUCGCCCGAGUCCCAGGUCUUCGUCUCUCACAACGUUGGUUCGAACGUUGUUCCGCCAAUUCCAGACCGUGUCGACGACGACGACGAGUACGACCGGUGAGACGCAAGUACGACGCGUGCAACAACCCCGACGACAACCAACGAACGCUGGAAGGGUUCUCAAGGAAGAAGAAGGGAGGCAGACGGACGGGCCUUGCGGUAGAGGAAAAAAGGGGGGGGGACGCCGCAAGAAAAAAACUAUGCCAACGGCACCGGCUUCGAGUCCUGUCACGAACCCCGGGUGCCAAUGGUCAACAUCGUCGAACUGCUCGGCAAGGCCGACAACCUCAGCGACCCCGAGCCGGCUCUGAACAGUCGACCGGCGGUCCUGGGCAUGGUCAUAUCCUUUCUGAUCCUUGCCUGGAUGUGUGGCUCAUUCCGGCUUUACGUCCGGUACUUUGUGCUCCGGUGUCCGGGAUGGGAUGAUUACUUUGUUAUGCUAUCUAUGCUCACGAGCUUGCUUUUGUCUGCCGCGACCUGCUCAGCCACGAACUACGGACUGGGAAAGCACUUCAUCUCGCUCGGCAUCGUGGGCAUCCAGGACUUCAUCCGGGCCUUUUACAUCUGCAACGGCGCAUACCCGAUGGCCACCGCCCUCAUCAAGCUGGCCCUGCUGUUCCAGUACCUGCGCAUGUUCGAGCCCGCCACCAAGUCGCGCUACGUCACCCUCUUCUUCAUCGUCUUCACCGCCGCCUGGGGCGUCGCCUACUCCUUUCUCGCCUGGGUGCCCUGCAUCCCCGUCUCGGCCUUUUGGGACUUCUUCUCCGUUACCGAAGCCCGCUGGGCCUUUGGCUCCCGCGACCCGGAGGUCUUUGCCCGCAGCUUCGAGAGCCACGUCGGCAUCAACGUGGCGCUGGACCUGAUCGUUUUCGCCAUCCCGAUACCCCUGUUCCUGCGGGCCGGGCUUCUGACCAAGACCAGAUGGAGCUUGUUCGGCCUGUUCAUCAUGGGCGUGCUUGUCAACAUUCUUGGAAUCUUCCGUCUCAUCGGCAUCUUCCGCUCGAGGGCCGGCACGUACCCGACCCUCGACCCCAGCUGGUACGGCUGCGUGCCCAUCGUGCUCGCCGCCGUCGAGGUCAACCUCGCCACCAUCUGCGCGUCGCUGCCCGUCUUCUGGCCGACGCUGCAGAAGAACAUCGGCCAGAUCUUCAUCACCAAGGAAGUCGAGAUCACGUCCGAGAUCCGUCGGUUCAGCACCCUCGAGGACGGCGAUCCCGCCGCCGCCGCCGAGCUCGGCGACUUCUCGCCGCGCAGGCCGUCCAAGGCCCUCGGCUCCAACUCCAACGCGAGGUGGUACACCGACACCCUCAGCCUGGCAAGGUCGACCAAGACCGAGGUCGAGUCGAGAGGGCUCGCAACCAAGGCGAGCGAGAAAUCUCUUUUCUCUGAAGGGCUGAAGAGGAUACAGGAAGACCGAGAGUCCAAGGACCAUCUGGUGUCUUCCCCAUCUCGUAGUCGUUUACGGACAGAGUGACGUGUUAAUUUCAG